GCAGUGGCAGCAGUGGCGACAGCGGUGCCCCAAGGACGGGGGCAGGCUGCUCUCUACAGUCGGCCGGGUUUCUGCCGCCUCUUUCCUUUUCUCUCCCCUCGGGAAGCCGGCGGCGGGUUGAGGGGCGCCUCGCGGAGCCCGAGCUGCUCGCUGGUGGCCGGGGCCGCCCCGCUGUCCUUGGCGGGCGGAGCCGCGCGGCUGCGGCCGGGCUCGGCCUCCUGGGGCCGCUUUCCUCGGCGUGGAGGGCAGCGGCUGCUUUGCGGGGAGCGUUUCUAGAGGGUUUCCAACAGCUUCAGCACAAAAGCACUGAAGGUCAUUUCACAAUCAUUGCUCCAUGACCAGCUCAUUGGUGGUCCAGCAUAAUGCAGGAGUUUGCUGUGCAUCUGUACGAGCUCAGCAGCUGUUUCUGCAGAAUUCUUGGUAAGACAUGUCGUGGAUCAGAGAAGGCGAGCUGACCAUCAUUGAGAGGUUUUGUGCCAACAUAAUUAAGGCAGGUCCAAUGCCCAAGCAUGUUGCCUUCAUUAUGGAUGGCAAUCGCCGUUAUGCCCAGAAGUGUCACGUGGAGAGGCAGCAAGGACACUCACAGGGCUUUGAUAAGCUGGCACAGACACUGCGGUGGUGUUUAAAUCUGGGGAUUCGGGAGGUCACUGUUUAUGCCUUUAGUAUCGAGAACUUUAAACGAUCCAAGGAGGAGGUGGAUGGACUAAUGGAUCUGGCAAGGCAGAAAUUUAGCCGCCUACUGGAAGAACAGGAGAACCUGAAGAAGCAUGGUGUGUGUAUCCGUGUGCUCGGGGACUUGCCACUUCUACCCUUGGAUAUUCAGGAGCUGAUUGCCCAGGCUGUAAUGGCAACCAGGAACUACAAUAAGUGCUUUCUAAAUGUCUGCUUUGCAUACACAUCAAGACAUGAAAUCAGCAAUGCUGUCAGGGAGAUGGCCUGGGGGGUAGAGCAAGGACUGCUUGAACCGAGUGAUGUGUCUGAAUCGUUGCUUGAUAAGUGUCUGUAUACCAGCAACUCCCCUGACCCAGACCUCCUGAUUCGAACCUCUGGAGAGGUCCGGUUGAGUGAUUUCCUGCUCUGGCAGACAUCCCAUUCAUGCCUGGUGUUUCAGUCAGUGUUGUGGCCAGAAUAUUCCUUUUGGAAUUUGUGUGAGGCUAUCCUUCGGUUCCAGAUGAACUAUAACGCAUUACAGAAGGCCAGAGACUCCUACAUGGAGGAAAGGAAGCAACAGCAGAUGGAAAGGGAUCAGGCUUAUGUGACAAAGAAGCUGCAGCAAGAGGGUUUUGCAUCCCAUGGAGACUCUCGGCGCCGACGGACACUGUUGCAAAAAUGCACUGCCAUGCGGGAGGAGAGAAUCCAGGGCUUUCUACAGGCACUAGAGCACAAGAGAGCGGACUUCUUUGAAAGAUUAUGUACAGUGUCUGCAUGACACACAUGCGGGGUGGCUCUUGGGAAGGCAAUAUUUAAUCAUGUUAGAAUAGCUGCUGCCCAGAAGAAUUCACUUGGUGUGGUUCUGCUGUGGGGAUUAAGGGCUGUCAUAGAAUGUUGAAUCCCCACUGGCACUAUCUAAGGGCAGGGACAGAGUACUGUGAACCUUUCUAGUUCUGUGAAUGCUGCUGAGGGAGGUAAUGCCGUCCUUCUAUCUUGCCUCCCUGUCCCUGAUGAUAGAGGGAGAAUACAUGCACCUCACUAUAGCUUCACUGCUUGAUGUAUUGAUGACAAGGAAUUAACUAAGACAAGUCUCCCAUUCUGUUGGGCUCCUCAUGGAUUAGCCCAGGCAAACCGUUUCAGUCAUAUAAAGUCAGCCUGGACUUGAAUUCCUUGUGAUUUUGUAGUAGUAAAUCUAGUGAGAUUUCCUCUGUGUUCCCAUUCAACUUCUUUCCUCAACAGAGAGAAAGGUAUGUAAGAGAACCCUGUGCCAAGCACUGGCAGAGAUAUUCCCCACUGCCUGCUUUGGGAUAGCAUCUUGUCUUUUCCCCACCUUACUAUGCAGGUUUUGAUACGUUUGCUCUUGGUUUCCAAAGAGGUAAGGUGAGAUGUUGUCAGCCUUCCCAUAAAGGAAAAAAAGAACUUGAUCAGGUCCUGCGAUCCUUUCCCAGCAGAGUGAAUGUGUUGGGUUUUGGUUUUUUUUUUUUGGAGGGGGGGAAUACCCAAAUGUAGAAGGUGAUGUUGAAACAGAGUGUGUUCAGGAAAAAGGGGGAAUGAUCCAAAGAGGUGAGGGAAAAACAAUUACUUAAGAAUUAAUGUCAUGGCUUACAAAGGAAAAGUUAGCUAAAACCAGGUGAUAGGAACAUUAUGCUAAAAUCAUCUGAGACCUUUCUUGAGCUAUGACUUCAGACAUCCAUUUCCAGGGAAUGAGGCUGGGACUACAGGAAUGCAGUAGCCAAAACCUCUGACCUCAGCCAAAAUGGUUUAAGUGCUGUAUGGCUGACUUCAAUGGGAGUGGCCAGAACAGCUAUGGGGUGCUAUUUCUCCAAUCUCUUUUAGCAGGGAGGUGGACUAGCUAGUUUCCAAGAUUGAUUCUGUCUCUAAUUUUUUUCUGGUUUCCGUCCCUACAGUGGAAAACAUAACAGGAAGUGUUUCUAAUGCACAUACAGGUUCAGCAGUAUCAGCUAUUGCUCUUUUCAAAGUGGUUUUUUUUUUACCUCCAGGUGAAAAUGAGAAAAUGCAAACUUAAAGGACUUUUACGUACUGCAAACUCAGCAUUUUGAAUGUGAUUGUGAAGAGGAUAACUACAUUGUCAAACAGUGAAUAAAGUAUAUUCAUAUCAAAUUAUUUUAAAAACAAGCUUAACGUUUAAAACCACAUAGUUUUAUAUUCUAAAGUGCAAUGAAGUUGGCAUCCAGAUUACCAUGUUGUUUAACCUAUGGCAGACUGUUCAUCUGGUUUCUGGUAGGCCGGGAAAGAUUUGAAGGCUGCAUUCUUCCUCCAGUUGUGUGAGCAACGAGCUGCUAUCCCAGGACCUGGCUGAGUGAGGCUUUGUGCACGUGCAUCCUCUUAUGUAAGUAGCAAGCAGCCCUUUGGAUGGAGGAUGAUUGGAGGUGUCAACUUAAACUUCUAGUGUAUUCUAUUGUGUUUCUCUGCACGUUUUGGGAAGUUCUCUGGAGAAAUAACUCUUCAUUCUCCAUGAGAUGGAGCGCUCUCUAGUCUGUUUUGCAAAGCAGAUGCAGGGAGAUUUGUUCCUAUCCAAGAAUGUAUUUUUUGCCUUGAACUUUUUUGGCUAUGUUGCAAGUGACCAAAGCUCCAGUGCUUGUUCCUCACAAAGGAGUGUAACUGGCUGCUGUGGUGACUGCAGGGUGUGAGAUCCAGAAGGUUUGCAGGGGAAGUUCUAAUCCAUUUUGUAAAAGCUAUUGCUGUGAUGGGGGUGAGACAGGGCAUGAGAGUUUUUGCAAGCAGUAGGAGGGCUUGUUGCCUCUGUGCUUUAUUCCACCUGUGCCAGUUAUUGAAGUGAAUGCAAAUUUUCGUGUAGGCUUUGCAUCAGUGUAAGGUCAGUGUGAGCUAUAAAAGCAAAACCUGAGUUUUCAGGAGUGCGUCUUUCAGAUCAGCCUUGCACUGACAGUCGUGAAAGGAAAGCUGUAGGGCUGUGGUGGUGUGUGUCCGUCCUUUAUGGAGAGCGGCUGUGCAGCCAUGCUGGUGCUAUGCUAACACCACCUGUGCGAAUCGCUCUAGAGCAAAAUUUAUUGAAUUGUGAUCUGAUUUUUUUUUUUUUUUUUUUUAAAGGUGCGCUGCCUCAUCCUCUCCCUUCUCUUUCAGCUCUUCCUCGAAGAAGAUGGGAGAGGGGGAGCGCGAAGUUCCCCCUUCCUUUCCCCGGAGCGUUCCGUACGAUGCCGGCGGCGUCGGGGCCCCGAACCCGCGGAGCAGCGGCCCCGCGCCUGGUGCUGAAAGAACAGCUCCGCUGCGCGCCGCGGAGCGGGGCCGCCCGCAGAGCCC